AUGAGUUCAACUGGAAACUUUGGACCAUGGCUUUCAUAUUUUUAUGCCUCUCUGAGAAGAGAAGCCAGAGCUAGAAAAUUCCAAUAUGUAUUUAAUAUACCAAAUAUGAAAGCAUUAAAGAUUCAAGAUUCUAAUUCGAGAUUGAAAUUAGUAGAGAAAAAUCUACCAAUUCCUGUUCAUUUAGAGACUAGCAUAUUCAACACAGAUUUAUCACAUGUACAAAAUCUUUUGCUUGCUGAUGUUCGAAAUCAGAAGAGUGUGAAGUUUGGUUUCCAAAUAAAAGGUAUAGAAGGUACUGUACCUGAUAGAGGAAUAAUUAGCUCGAUCCUUAAAAAUCCUGUUUUACCAAAUUAUUUAGAUUCUGGGUUCGCUAAAGAAAAAUUAGAAAAGACUCCCUUUGAAUACAAACAUACAAUAAGAUUAGAUACUGAUACAAAUGAUGAAACUUUGCAUGUAUUUGAUAGAGUAUUAUGGCCGAAUCCGAUUUUUUCAAAUUUUUGUAGAGGCGUUGGUGUCACGCCAAAAUUAUACAAAGAAUUAUUGACAAAAGAUAUUCAUUUCAGAAGUCCCUGUAAUAGUGAUUUACUACCAAUAUUCAAAAUCGAAUCAAUUCCGGAAGGUUAUGAUAGUAUGGGAUUAUUUCCAAAAUUUAAUAAAGAUCAAUCAGAAAUAUUCAAGGGUAUAGAUGCAAUGUCGGCCUUGAUAACAGCAACUCCUUGCAUAGGUUAUCAAUAUUCAAAAGUUAGAGAUGCAAUUACAUCUACUCUUUCUAAUGAUGGUUUAGAACUAGAUAGAAUUGAUAAGAAGGAUAUUCAAUUAUUCCCAAUGGUAUCGAAGACACACUCAUCAAGAGAUACAUUAGCUAAACUACUUGUUAUUGCAAAGUAUGAUACAAAACUAUGGUCCAUUAGUGCUAUGACAAAUAAAAUAUGUCCAGGUGAUAUUCUCCGUUCGACCUUGUUUGCAAGGAAUUGUAACAGGGGUGCAUUGCGGAGGGAGUUUAUGAAACAUUAUGUUUCAUUUAAUGUAGUAUCUUUGGCAACGAGAUUAAAUGAUCAUAAGGUCACCAAAGAUUUUAUAUCUGAUGAAUCAGCUAUCAAUUGGAAGCCAUGGGAUCUUUAUAUAUGGCAUGAGUAUGAAAAAUUAGAGAAGGACUUUAAGAUUCCAAACGAUUUUCAAGAUCUUCAACUUAUUCGUCAUGAUUUUAGUGGUUUUCUCAGAAGGUUGUUUGAAUAUCAUUGUUUAGUUACAGCAGAGAUGAAGGUAAAUGGUUCCACUUUUUUCGAAAAUACGGAUGAAAUUCCAGGUUCAGCUAGAUGUUAUGCAGUUACAACAUUGCUUAAUUCGAUAUUGAAUAACAGUAAGACUCUUGAAACAUUAUAUCCUGGUUUAGCAGCUUUCAUCGAUUCUAAAUUACCAAAACAAAGUCAAAUCCAGAAAACCUUAUUACCCAAAUUGGAUGAUAGUCGAUCGUUAGAGGUUGGGGAACGGAUCAGUAACAUCAUCAGAGAAAUGAUAUCUUUUGAAAAUAAUGUUUUCCAUGAUAAAUUUACAUCCCAUUCUAGAAUGCAUUCAGAAAUAAACUCUCCGAUGAAGGAUUGGAAAAUUAUUAUAUUGCACAAAAAACCUUUCAGUGAGGAACAAAUACGAACAAUAAGAUAUCAAUCACGAAUAUUCACCCAAUUUACAAAUACCUUUGAAAGCAUUGAUAAGAUAAGUUACUCAAUUUGCGUAGAAAAAAAAAUGAUUGAUGAGGAUACCAUAAUUUAUUUAUACAAAAUGAAUAGGGAAAAGAAAUCUUCUUUAUAUAACAUGAUGGCAGAAAUUAUGAAAAAUCCCGAUAUCAAAGAUGUACCAGAAAAGUAA